AUGGCCACUCAAACUGAGGGCACCUUUGAGGUGGAUGGCCAGAAGCUACACAGCACGACGUGGACGCCCGAGGGCCCCAUCAAGGCCAAGCUUGUCUUCGUACACGGCUUCAGUGACCACGUGGGACGAUACCACGAACUAUUCCCCAACCUCGCCGGCCGCGGCAUCCAGGUCUUCAGCUGGGACCAGCGCGGAUGGGGCCGCAGCGCCGCGAAGCCGGCCGAGAGGGGCCUUACAGGCCCAACGUCGCGCGUCCUCGCCGACGUAGCCGCCUUCAUCCGCGACAAGCUCCCGUCCCCGGACGUGCCCGUCUUCGUCAUGGGCCAUUCCAUGGGCGGCGGCCAGGUCCUCGCGUUGGCCAGCAAUCCGCAGUACCACGACCUUGUCGCCCAGGUGCGCGGUUGGCUGCUAGAGAGCCCCUUCAUCGCCUUCACGCCCGGUGAGGAGCCGAGUUUCCUCAAGGUCUUCUUCGGCAAGCUCGCCAGCAAAGUCCUGCCGAAGCAGCAACUCGUCAACGAUAUCCCCGCCGAGAACCUCACCCGCGACCCGGCGGCGCAGCAGAGCAUCCGGGAUGACGACCUCAUGCACAACACGGGCACGCUCGAGGGCCUCGCGGGCAUGCUGGAGAGAACAGACCAGCUGGCGCAGAAUAAGCUGAAGCUGAGCAAGAAUGUUAAGAGCCUAUGGCUGGGGCACGGCACGGAGGAUAAGACGACGUGCUUCAACGCCAGCAAGAAGUGGCUCGGCGCGCAGAGCAUCGACGACGGUCACCACAAGCCGUACGAGGGUGCGUAUCACCAAUUGCAUGCGGACCUGUGCAAGGACGAGUUCUUCAAGGAUGUCGGGAACUGGAUUCUCGAAAGGGCUGGGGAGCCCGCGGCGAAGCCCGAGUCCAAGUUGUAG